GGGACGACCCACUCCAGACGCCGCCCGAGCCUCGUCCUUGCUCAGCUGCAAGGAAGGAAGAAGCAAGCAAGGAAGGAAGGAAGGAAGGAAGGAGGCAGGGCAUCAACCCAUGUGAAGGAUGGAGUCCUACUUCAACCCUGUGGAGCGGGAGUAUGACAACGGGAUCCACCUGAAGCUUGCAAACGACGAAGGCUCGAAGGCCAAGAACAUGCCAAACGCAAAGGCUGGGUCCUAUGGGGUCAGCAUCCGUGUCCAAGGGAUAGAUGGCCAUCCAUACAUUGUGCUCAACAAUACGGAAGGGUGCCUCUCUGAAAACCACGCCGGGCCAGAAAAUGGCCAGGAAGCAGCCCCGCAGAGACCUCUGGCGGACUCUGGUUGUGGUCCGGAGCCUGAGCAGAAGACUGUGGGGAACCGGCUCUUUUGUGGGAAUGCCCCGACGGGGAUCUUUAAAAGCACGCUGAAGCGGACCAGCCUGGACGAGGGAGAAAACAGUCACUUGCAUUCCAAGUCGGGGCUCCUCAAGUCUUCCAGCCUUUUGAAUUUCCAAAGGCACCCAGAGCUCCUCCAGCCUUACGAUCCUGAAAAAAAUAUCCUGAAUCUGGAAGGUUUUCAGUUGUCUGUAUCCAGAAGGGCUGGAUCUCCAGCGGAGGAGGAGAAUCCAGAUGCGAAUCCUUGCCGGUUGCCACUGCAGUUUGCAGAACUGGCCAAACUGAAGCCCAAAACGGUGGACUUGACCAAGCCGGCCCCAGGGGAGGAAGACUGGAGCCAGCACGAAGUGGUGGACGGUCUCAAUGGGGCGCAGGAAUCAUUUUCGCCUGAUAGUGGAUCUCCCUCCGCUGUGAGCCCACCCACCUUCCCGGAAGCCAAGAAAUGUCGCCCUGACCUCCUCCCCUUCCGCAGGCAAGAUUCCGCAGGAUCUGUCCUGAAUGGUACACGGCGCUCCUCUUCUUCCUCGGCCACCCCGACGUCGGCUGCUUCCUUGUAUAAGUUCUUCCUCGAUGACCAGGAAUAUGCCAUCUACGCCGACAAUGUCAACCGGCACGAAAACAGAAGGUACAUCCCCUUUUUGCCCGGGACCGGCCGUGAUAUUGACACGGGUUCAAUUCCCGCGGUCAAUCAGCUGAUUGAAAAGUUCGACCGGAAAGUUGGUCCGCACAGAAGAGGCCGCCUGGGAAUGCGGAAUCGGAUCCACCCGGACGACCGCAAGCGGUCAAGGAGUGUCGACAGUGCCUUAUCCGGUGGCCUUCAGCUGAAUUCUGAUGCUUCGGAGGGAUUGGAUCCAUCCACCGAAAUGGCUGUGCAACCUGCCCAAGUGUGCCUUCCGCCAGGGCAGAAGGCAGCCCCUCCCGCGCAACAGGCUGCCCCUCGCUCAGCGGGAAAGCUCCAAGCGGCAGCAGCAGCAACCACCACCAUCGCGAGGGACUUCCCCAGCAGCCAUUUUAAUUCCUUGCAGUAUCGUAAGGACGUUAAAAAAAGACCUGAGGAGAGUUUGUUUUUUAAGUCAUCCACACUUCCAGUCCAGAAGAAGAAAAGUGAAAACAAACUGGUGACGUCCACACUCUUGAUCCCAAACCGUAUUGCAACGCAGAGGAUUUCUGUGAAAACGUUCACUCCCGCUUCAAAUGCUCAGGUGACACCAGACUUGCUGAAAGGCCAACAGGAACUGGCUCAGCAAACCAACGAGGAAACCGCCAAGCAGAUUCUCUACAACUAUCUCAAGGAGGGGAGCGGCGAAAAUGACGAUGCCACCAAGAGGAAGGUCAACUUGGUCUUUGAGAAGAUCCAGACUCUGAAGUCCAGAGCAGCUGGCAACACCCAGACUUCUGAUCCUUCGGCUGAAGUCAAGGCCUUGGUGGAACGGAAGGAAGAGCUGGAGAAAGAAGUGUCUGCGCUGCAGAGGAAGCUGGACCUGGAAGUCAGGAAUCAGCAAAACCUCUGCGAUGAGCGAGAUGCAGCAAAAGCAGAAUUGCAAGAGUUUCAUCAGCAGCUGGAGGAAAUCCUGGAGGAAAGGGACACCUUCCAAAGGCGGCUGGAGGAAAGCGAGAAGGACCUCAGGCAGAACCUGGAGGAGCUUUUCCAAGUAAAAAUGGAGAGGGAGCAGCACCAGACGGAAAUCCGGGACUUGCAGGACCAACUUUCUGAAAUGCACGAUGAGCUUGAUUGCGCAAAGCAUGCGGAAGACGGCGAGAGGGAGCUCCUGAUUGAGGAACUGAUGCAGCUGAAGCAGGACCUCCAGGCCAUGCUGGUGGCCAAAGAGCAGCAGGAGGACGUUCUGAGGAAGCGAGAGCGUGAACUGACCGCCUUGAAAGGAGCCCUGAAGGAGGAAGUGUCCACUCACGACCGAGAGAUGGACCAACUCAAGGAACAGCAUGACCAGGAGCUCCAGAAACUGAGGAAAGGCCUGGAGGAAGCCACAGAGAAAGUGGAUGCCCUGCUGAAGGAAAAGGCUACGGCUGAAAAAAGCAUGGAAGACCGUGUGACGGAGGUCACCGAGGAGAACCAGCAACUGAAGGAGAUCCUCACAGAGUUGGAGAAACACGAGAAAGAACUCCACAAAGAGCUUGGCCAUUUGAGAGGAGAAAGAAGCCAAAUGGAGGAGAGGAUGGACACUUACGAGAAAAAGCAUCAGGAAUUGGAAGCGGCCUUGGUGCAGUCGGAGGAGAAGGUCCAGGUUCUUGAAUCAGCGAAGACCUCUUUGGAAGCCCAGCUCGCAGAAGAGCAGAAGAGCGUCCGGCAGCUGAGCCAGGAGCAGCAACAGUUAAUGGGCCGGUUGAAAGACGAAGCGAACCAGAAGGAUCAGUUAAAGAGGAUGAAGAGCGAACUGGAGAACGAGCGGUGGCAACUGGACAAGACCAUUGAGAAGCUGCACAAGGAGAUGGCAGAAAUUAUCGAGGUUUCGCGGGCGUCAAGUCUGGAGCUCCAGAACCAGCUCGAUGACUACAAAGAGAAAAAUCGACGGGAACUGGCAGAGACGCAGAGGCAGCUGAAAGACAAGAACCUGGAGCUGGAAAAGGCACAUCUGGCCACUCUCAAACUGCAAGAGGAGGUGCGUUUUAUGGAGGAGGAAUUGCGGGAUCACCAGAGAGCCCAAGAUGAGGCCAUUACCAAAACCCAGCUCCUGGAACAGACCGUCAAAGCCCUGGAAUACGAACUGGAAGCCAAAAACCACCUGAAAGAAGACAGGGCCAGGCAAGCCAAGAUGAUGGAGGACAAAAUCUCACAACUGGAACUUGAGCUUGAAGAGGAACGAAAUAAUUCGGAUGUCUUGUCUGAAAAGAUCAGCCGGUGCCGAGAGCAGAUUGAGCAGAUGAGGAGUGAACUACUUCAGGAAAGGACUUCACGGCAAGACCUUGAGUGUGACAAGAUUUCUCUAGACAGACAGAACAAAGACUUGAAAAGUCGGAUUCUGCACCUGGAGGGCUCUUACAGGUCCAGCAAAGAAGGGCUUCUUGUCCAGAUGGAGACCAGGAUUGUGGAGCUGGAGGAGCGACUGGAGAAUGAAGAGAGAGAUCGUGCAAACCUCCAGCUCAGCAACCGUCGGCUUGAAAGGAAAGUCAAAGAGCUCAUGAUGCAGGUGGACGACGAGCAUCUCUCCCUGACGGACCAGAAGGACCAGGUAGAGGGGGAAUACCUCGCUUUCCUUGCUUGGCAUUCAUAGGCUUCUCAUCCCCUCAGAUACAACUCUUAGGAUAGUUUGACAAU